CAGACAAGCUUUCCGAAAAUGGCGUCCAAAGCUCCGAAGAAAGCUAAUCUCUUGGAUCAUCACUCCAUCAAACACAUCCUCGACGAAUCUGUCUCUGAGGUAGUGACUAGUCGCGGAUUUGUGGAAGAUGUGAGAUUGAGCAACGUUAGGCUGUUUAUUGGGACGAUCAUUAUUGUCAUUGCUCUGUUUGCCCAGUUUUACAAGAAGUUUCCUGAGAACCGGGAUCUCCUCAUCGCCUGCAUUGUGUUGUAUAUAGCCUUCAACGGGUUGUUGCAGUUGGUUACAUACACAAAGGAGAGGAAUGCUGUUCUGUUUACAUAUCCUCCUGUUGCAUCCUUCACCAGUACUGGAUUGGUAGUCUCUUCAAAACUGCCUAGAUUUUCUGACGCAUACACACUUACCAUAGCAAGUGCAGAUCCAAAAUCAAUUUCUGCGAAUGAACCAGUAAAUUUUACCAAAAGUGUCGCCCGAUGGUUCACCAAGGAUGGAGUUUUGGUGGAGGGCCUCUUCUGGAAAGAUGUCGAGGCGUUGAUAGAUCAGUAUAUGAAAGAGCCUAAGAAGGGCACGUGAUCUAUGUCGUGGCCCAGAAUUGGGCUUGGCUCUUUGCUGGAGGCAGUGUAUGGAUGGACAUGGUUAUAAAUAUUGUUCAUUGGAGUUUAUAGUUUUAUUCAUUUCUAAUACUCAGAAUGCAGGGGAAUUAAGCUUUUCACCAGCAGUAGAACGCAGUUACCUUCACAGGUCGUACAGAGGAAAGAUGAAACCUGUAGUCUUCUCUGGGUUUUCUUGAAAAGACUAUUAUAUCUAUCUGCCUCUUCGCAUAUUCGAAUAUGUGAGAACAAAGUGGGGUGAGGUGCUCAUAUCGCCUGCUAAGCGGCGUCGUUUUGCAGAAUUUGUAAUCCCAGCCGUCAAAGUGAAACAAACGAUCGCUACAGUGGACUUAAAGUCGCAUUUGACUCCAGCGCCUCUGAAUCUAUCGUUAUCCCGGUACCGUUUGGCUCAAGGAGGAUUUCUUUCUUGAUGGAAUGAAAAUGAUAAUUAUUUAGAUUCAAUUCAGUGAGAGGAGCCAAAUCUUCACAAUCAGAGCGUGUAGUUCUGAGAGCGUUGGUGGCAGCUUUUGUAAUCCGGGACGUCCACAUAUGAAUCUCCGCUAUCUCUACCUCCACAAUUUUUGGUCUUCCUUGCUGAUGCUUCUCACCAGAAUCUUUGGUCUGCAUCCGAAAUAUUUCCAGUUCCAAUAGAUAGCGGGGCCCCAAUUUCAGGAUGUAAGUGGUCUCAGAGUAGAAGAUUCUGGCCUGGUGCCAAGCUUUGGUAUUUCUGAGCCCACAACCUUACUAGCAUUCUGUGGACGCAAGAACUCCAGAAUAACAGAGCGAUCUAAAGAAUAAGAGAUGAAGAACACCACAGAGGAGUCUCCCCCUUCCAUGAGAGAAAUAAGAAGCUGAGCAAACUGUUAAUUGUCAUUUGAGCUUUCCUAUUAUCAUCUCUCUUGAAAAUUUUCAAUGGAACGUAUAUUGGGUGAUCGUGGUGGGUCUGCUUAGCAAGAGAAUCUUUCUAAUGCGAUAUAAUUUACAUUCCGAAAUAGGAACUACGCUGUGUAGCCAUGGAGGUCAAAACUUAUCCGGGGGUCAGGCAAUGAAGGAAGAGACGCUUUACCAGCAUAGUCUUAGCCCCGUUUAUUUAGUUUAACAACAUCUUAUCCCCAUUGGCCAUUUAAACGACUUUGGUUUUAUAAAGUACUUUAUUGUUUUAGAUAAAUGCGUAAAUGCUUAUUACUAAAUUAUUCAUAAAUUUUAAUA